AUGGAGAAAUCGAAAAAUUUCAGAAUUGACGCCCUGCUUGCCGAUGAGACCAACCGGGGCAGCCGAGAGCUCUCCCCGGGUCUGAGCAGCGACAGCCCCGCCGGUAGCCCCGUUUCCUGCCGGCGUGCGGACACCCCAUCUCCCCGGGCCGCGCAACUUCAGACCGGAAUAAUACCUAAACCGGGUCUUCUAAAUCUCCCGCAUCCAGGACUCGCUUCACUUCCUCAAGGGACAAUUCCCGGCAUGUAUCCGGCCCCUAUGUACCCAUUAUCAGCUUUGGGUGGCCAGCACCCUGCCUUUGCAUACACCGGUUUCACACAGCUAACACAACCGUAUCCAGAGCACCUGAAGGCGGCUGCCAUGGCAGGAUCUAUCCCCCUGGAGCACUGGAUCCGGGCUGGGAUCAUGAUGCCACGACUUCCAGACUACAGCUGUAAGUGGCCAACUGCAUUAUCACUUAUCACUCUUUAUACUGAAUUAUCGACUCCUCAGUCUGGUCUAUUAGGAAAGUGCCGGAGACCCAGGACGGCCUUCACGAGCCAGCAGCUGCUGGAGCUGGAGAACCAGUUCAAGCUCAACAAGUACCUGUCCCGACCCAAACGCUUUGAGGUGGCCACCUCGCUCAUGCUGACUGAAACACAGGUCAAAAUCUGGUUCCAGAAUCGGAGGAUGAAGUGGAAGCGCAGCCGCAAGGCGAAAGAGCAGGCCUCGGCCUCGGCGCAGUCUGAGGCAGAGCGGCUUCGCAGUGGGGGCAAACCAGCCGGCGACAAACUGGAAGAGAGCAGGCGGCCUGUUAAUCCAGAUGAGAGAGGGUUAGACCUUGAGCUGGAGGAGGGAGAGGAGGAGGAAGAGGAGGAGGAGGAGGAAGAGGAGGAGGAGGAGGAGGAGGAGCCCAGACACGGUUUCCCUGUUACUAUGGGUGGCGGCGUUGGACUGCCACGAUCCACGGACUUCUUGCAGCGCACCACUGACCUCGGUUACAACCCUCACAGCCCUUUCUCUGACGAGGAGCUGGACGGGGUGCAAGUAGGAAGUGACAGGAAGAUAGGAGCAGGCUUGUGA